ACCAAAAAAAUACUGACCACCAUCCUCACUGUGAUGAGUGUCCUAUAGUCUCAGGAACUGAAGACUUUAAACAACCAGAGGACCCCGAGCUCCUAGAUAAGAACAGAUUAGAAGCCCCUUGUGGUAGGCCUGGGAGGAUCAUGGGAGAUCACCUUGACCUUCUCUUAGGCGUGGUGCUCAUGGCCAGUCCUGUGCUUGGAAUUCCUUCCUGCUCCUCGGAUGGCCAGGUGGCCUUAUAUCGUUUCUGCAACCUCACUCAGGUCCCCCAGGUCCUCAGCACCACCAAGAACCUCCUACUGAGCUUCAACUAUAUCAAAACAGUCACAACCACGUCAUUCCCCUUCCUGGAGCAGCUGCAGCUUCUGGAGCUUGGGACUCAGUUUACCCCCUUGACGAUUGACAAAGAAGCCUUCAGAAACCUGCCCAAUCUUCGAAUCUUGGACCUGGGCAAAAAUCAGAUAGACUUCUUGCAUCCAGAUGCUUUUCAGGGGCUGCCCCAUCUGUUUGAACUUAGACUCUUUUCCUGUGGUCUCUCCGAUGCUGUAUUGAAAGAUGGUUAUUUCAGAAAUUUAGAGUCUUUAACUCGCUUAGACCUAUCCAUAAAUCAGAUUCGUGGUCUCUACCUUCAUCCUUCAUUCCAGGACUUGAAUUCCCUGAAGUCCAUCGAUUUUUCCCUCAACCAAAUACCCAUUGUAUGUGAGCAUGGGCUCGAGCCCCUCCAAGGGAAAACACUCUCCUUUUUAAGCCUUGCUAAAAAUAACCUGUACAGCAGGGUCUCAGUGGACUGGAAAAAGUGUAUGAACCCAUUCAGAAACAUGGUCCUGGAAACCCUGGAUGUUUCUGGCAAUGGCUGGACCGUGGAUGUCACAGGAAACUUUAGCAGUGCCAUCAAUGGAAGCCAGAUUUUCUCUCUCGUUCUUGCCUACCACAUUAUGGGUUCUGGGUUUGGCUUCCAUAACAUCAAAGAUCCUGACCGGAACACAUUUGCUGGCCUGGCCAGAAGCUCGGUGAUACGCCUGGACCUUUCACAUGGGUUUAUUUUCUCCUUGAACUUCCGACUCUUUGAGACCCUCAAGGAGUUAAAGGUUCUGAACCUUGCCUACAACAAGAUAAACAAGAUUACAGAUGGAGCAUUUUAUGGACUUGACAACCUCCAAAUUCUCAAUAUGUCAUAUAACCUUCUGGGGGAACUUUAUAAUUCUAAUUUUGAUGGACUACCUAAGGUGGCCUAUGUCGAUCUGCAAAAGAAUCACAUUGGAAUCAUUCAGGCCGAAACAUUCAGAUUCCUGGAAAAAUUAGAGACCUUAGAUCUUCGGGAUAAUGCUCUUAAAACAAUUAAUUUUAUUCCGAACAUACCUAAUAUCUUCUUGGGUGGCAAUAAACUGGUGACUUUGCCAAACAUACAACUUACAGCCAACUUCAUCCAUUUAUCAGAGAACAGGCUAGAAAAUCUAGAUUAUCUAUACUUCCUCCUCCAGGUACCUCAUCUCCAAAUUCUCAUUUUAAAUCAAAAUCGCUUUUCUACUUGUAACAAAGGUCAUGCCCCUUCAAAGAAUCUCAGCUUAGAACAGCUUUUCCUUGGAGAAAAUAUGUUGCAACUUGCCUGGGAAGGAGGGUUCUGUUGGGAUGUUUUUAAGGGGCUUUUCCAUCUACAAGUCUUGUAUUUGAAUAAUAACUACCUGAAUUUCCUUCCACCAGGAGUAUUUAGUGAUCUGACUGCAUUAAGGGGACUCAGCCUCAACUCCAAUAGGCUGACGGCUCUUUCUCCUGGAGACUUACCUGCUAAUUUAGAGGUCCUGGAUAUAUCCAGAAACCAGCUCCUGUCUCCUGAUCCUGAUUUAUUCGCAUCACUUAGUGCCUUGGACAUAACUCAUAACAAGUUCAUUUGUGAGUGUGAGCUUAGUGCCUUCAUCAAUUGGCUCAAUCAAACCAAUGUCACUAUAUUUGGGUCUCAUGCAGACAUAUACUGCAUGUACCCCGACUCAUUCUCUGGCGCUUCCCUCUACUCUGUUUCCACGGAGGGUUGUGAUGAAGAGGAAUUCUUCAAGUCUCUCAAUUUUUCCCUGUUCCUUUUAUUCACUGUCACUUUGACUCUGUUUCUCAUGACCGUCCUCAUAGUCACGAAGUUCCGGGGGUCUUGUUUCACCUGUUAUAUGACAGCCCAGAGACUGGUGUUCAAGGACCGUACCAGGGGCAGAGAAACAGACACAUACAAAUACGAUGCCUAUUUGUGCUUCAGUAGCAAAGACUUUGAAUGGGUGCAGAAUGCUUUGCUUACACACCUGGAUGCUCAGUACAGCGACCAAAACAGAUUUAAGCUGUGCUUUGAAGAAAGAGACUUUGUGCCAGGAGAAAAUCACAUCACCAACAUCCAGGAUGCCGUGUGGAGCAGCAGAAAGGUUGUCUGCCUUGUGAGCAGACACUUCCUAGGAGACGGGUGGUGCCUCGAAGCCUUCAGUUAUGCCCAGAGCAGGUGCUUAUCUGACCUCAACAGUGCUCUCAUCAUGGUGGUGGUGGGGUCCCUGUCCCAGUACCAGCUGAUGAAGCAUCAGUCCAUCAGAGGCUUCGUACAGACCCAGCAGUACUUGAGGUGGCCUGAGGAUCUCCAGGAUGUUGGCUGGUUUCUCAAUAAACUCUCUCAACACAUACUAAAGAAAGAAAAGGGCACAAAGAAAGACAAUAACAUUCCUUUGGAAGCUCUAGCAACCAUCUCCUAGUCAAAGGAGCAGUUUCAACUUAUCUCAAGCCA